AUGGACGUGAGUUUCCAGAAGUUGAUCGUCAUUUUUGGUUCAAGCCAUCUCAGUGGAAUGUUUCUUCUCAGCGAGACUAUCAAGAUUUACAUUUUUGUGCUGAUUUCGGUAUCGAUUUUUUUUGGUUUCGAAGGCAUUUUAUGAAAAUUGAGAGCCCUUAAACUAGCUCAAGGCUUCGAAAUUGAAGUUCCUUGAUUUCUUGAAGGAUUUCUUCAAAAAAGUUGUAAAUUAUGACAAUAUUCAAUUUUGACCCUUAUAAGAUUCAUCUCUCGAAAGCUCCUAACGCAGUUGCAAAAAAAUCGUUGCGCGAUUAUUUUUUGAGACUCCGCCCUGCGCCUUUAGAAUUCACGUCAAAGUUGAUUGAAAAUGUUUCAAGUUAAAGUUUAUUUCGUUUUAUUUCACGUUUAUUGUUUUAUUUUUGUUUUUUAGCUGUUUUUUUGAAAUAAUUUGACAGUUGUUCAGUAUCUGGCGAUAGGAGCUUCGCUGUUUCAAUGCAAAGCAAAAAAGAAGAGCAAAAAACACCGUACUGCGACGCCUACAAAUAACAAAGUACGUUUUUCCCGGGAAGAAAAAAAAAAUUAGCAUCAUUUUUUUCUUUCAACUUUUAUAAGGGAUAUUUUUCAGAUUGGUAAAAAUAUAGAAAGACCAAUGUUGAUAAAAAGAAAACUUCUAAAAAAAAUUUUUUUUGGUUUUAUUCGAAUUUUCGAAAACUAGAGAGCACUGAUAAGCAAGGAGGCGUCCAGAGAAAAAAAAAACGUUCGCUCUCUAAUUUUUGAAUGCUCUCUAAACUUCGGAGAUUCGAAAGUGUUGAAAAAAAUUCGAGCCCACGCUUAAAUUUUCGAAAAUUAGAGAGCACUGAUGAACAAGAGAGUUGACAGAGAAAAAAAAAAUGUCCGCUCUCUAAUUCUCAAGAAUUCGGUGUCUGAAGAUUCGAAAGUAGACGUGAGAAUUUCGCUUUCUCAAUGAAAAAUAUAUGAUUUUUUUGAUUUUUUUAAAAAAAUUAUUGUUGUUUGUGUACGAACUAUUAUUUCAUUUUUUUGGACCGUAAAAUUUUUUUUUUUCAAAUUGAAGUCAUCGAUGAAAACUAUUCCCCCGAAGAAGCCAAUGCAGAAUCCUAUGAGUCCGGGCGCCGUUGUGGCGGCAAAAGAUCCGCCGCCGGAAAAGCUUGACAAACCGGAGGCCAAGGUUCGUUCAAAAACUGACAAGGGAGGAUAUUUUACUUUUUUGUUGGGAAUAUCCUGAAAGUUGGCCAGAACACUUCUUGAUGUACCAGAAAAAGAUUCCAAGAAGUCCCAACUUCCUAGUUUUUGAGAAACAGGGGCUUGAAGUCUCGAAAGUGGCCCAUUUUAGCGGACGUUGAGGGUUCCUUUCUCGAAAACUAGGCCCUUCUCCAGGUUGAAACUUCCAGAAUCUUCAUCUAGUACAUCAAGUUAUAUUCUGACCAAUUUUUAGGAAAUCCCAACCAAUAAAUGAAACCUCCCUUGUGAGGAAACAUUUUUGAUGAAAUUGUAAUCUUUUUUCCAGGAAGAGAAGACCAAAGGGUCAAAGAUGGAGGAGGACAAGGACAACAAGGAGGAUGAGAAGACGAACAAUGAGAAAGACAAGAAGGAAGACGAGGCGAACCCCGAUGAAGAGAAGAAAACCGAGAAUAACACUAUGGAACAGCAGUCGGCUCGCAAGCCUUUUCCCAAUUUCGUGGUGAGACCCGCGUGAUUUUUUUUAAUGCUGAAGAACAUUUUGAAAGGUAGAUUUUGCAUCAAAAUUUUGCAUAAAAAUACGGUUAAUAAUGAAAAUUUAGCCCAAAAGUCCGUAAAGUGGAAAUUUUUCAAAAUAUUUCUCAAAAAAACUUUGAUUUUUUCUCAACAGAAUUGACGUGCUUGGCAGCUUUGAAAUCGGCAUUUUUCAAAGUUUCAAUCCAAAAGUUGGACCUAAACUGAUUUUUUUCGUCUUUUUCAUCAAGUCUAAAAUUACGGUGAAACAUUUGAAGAUGCCAACGCAAAGUGUGAAAAAGAAGCGGGAGGCUAAACUGGAGAAGGAGAAGAAGGACCUCAUCGCUAAAGGAUUCUACCAGGUUUCAACAACAAAAAUCAAUAAAAGUCCACAAAAAAAUUUAGCCAAAAUCCGACGAGGACGACACGUUAGAGAAGAUCAAGAGCUUGAACGAAGAAGUUUCGGACAAGGACAAACGGGCCAAGUCGAAGAGAGAGGCGAAAAAAUAG